CUAACACUUGCCGUAAGAGCGUGUAUGCAAAUGAGCUGUAAACACUUUUAAGGUCACACGCGAAGACACGUUGAGGUCGGAGUUACUACACGUACUUUCAAGCAAGCGUCAUGGCUGCCGUUCAAGUUCCCCAAUCUGCGAACCCAGAGAAAAUUUUCACUGACGGCGAAGAUUGUAAGGUAGACUGGAAGAAAGCUGGUGCCGAUUACGAUGCCGCCGACGAUCACCUCGAAAUUAUGGGGAAACCGGUUAUGGAGAGAUGGGAGACUCCGUACAUGCAUGCAUUAGCAAAGGUGGCCUCAUCUAAAGGUGGUAAAGUUUUGGAAAUUGGUUUUGGAAUGGCCAUAGCGGCAACCAAGAUUGAAGAGUACGACAUCAAGGAGCAUGUGAUAAUUGAAUGUAACGACGGCGUAUUCAAGAGACUGGAGGAAUGGGCUAAGAAACAACCGCACAAAAUAACCCCCCUCAAAGGCAUGUGGGAGGACGUGUCGCCAACAUUGGAAGACAACCAGUUCGAUGGCAUUCUCUAUGAUACAUAUCCCCUGUCAGAACAAGACUGGCAUACACAUCAGUUCAACUUCAUCAAGCAGCAUGCUUUCCGCCUUUUGAAACCCGGCGGCGUUCUUACGUACUGUAACCUUACAUCGUGGGGCGAAUUAUUGAAAGGAAAGUUUGAUGACAUUGAAAAAAUGUUCCAGGAAACUCAAGUUUCCCAUUUAGAAGAUGCCGGAUUCAAGAAAGAGAACAUCUCAACAGAAGUCAUGGAUAUUGAACCGGAAAAGGAAUGUAAAUAUUACUCUUUCCGCAAGAUGAUUACUCCAACUAUAAUUAAGCAAUAAACUAGGGAUGCUUAAACUUGUAAAAAUUCAUUAGUUUUGAUAGAUGAAGCUAGGGACUCUGGGUCAGAGGUAAAUUCUGAUAAAAAAUUGCAAUGAAUCUGGUUAAUGUUGAGCUAAACUCUUUGGUUCAAAGGUCAUUUCUACUUAAAAUGUCUCGUGAUUCUGUCAUUUUAUUGAGGAAGCUAGGUUGGCUUUCAUAGCAUAGUUUUGUUAUCUGCAUGUACUGGAUGGAAUUAUGAUAAUAUUAAACAAGUUAGAGGUGCUUGAUGAUGAAUUUGUUACUAAGCAACCCUGAAUAAUUUUAAAGUGUAUUCACUUUGAAUGUAAAUAUGAAUCGGGUUCCUUUUUUAUGUACAAAUGUAUUAACAAUACGCUAAGUGGGCUAACUAGCCUGCCUAGCUUUCUCAAUAUUGGCAAUGUUUGGAAAUAGUCUCAAGAAUGUGAUGCGGGUGACUUGUGGCUGAAACAAAUCCUGUUUUCUCAAUGAAUACAAAAAAAAAUUAUUUUUUAAACUGACCUUAAUAAAUGACCUUUGUAGCCCGAACACAGCUUUGAACUUGAACACCACUGCAAUCUGGACGCCUGAUUACACCAAACACUACGAUAAAUCAAACCUUUCCUAUGUACUGAACAGUUUUGUAUGUGUUUUUGAACGUUAGUUUUUGUCAAUAAUGCAUAUUCUUAUUAUUAUUAAAACUGUGAUCAUGACCUGUA